AUGGAGGUGGUGGGAGAUGAGGAGGUGACGGGGGCGCCGGGCCCGAGGCAGUGGCGGGACAGCGCGGGCGCCGGGGCGGGUCUGCGGCGCCGCCCGGCGCCGCGCACUUUCGGUUUCCCUUCCCCGCAGACUCUGGGCGGGGCAAGGAGCCGGGCAGGCGGCCCGGAGGAGGAAGGGAGCCGCGAGGAGGCGAGCGAGGGGCUGGGCUCCACAGCCGCCCCCGCCCUCAACGGGCUAACUGCGCCCAAAGCUGUCGCAGGCCUCAGCCAGCCUGAGGAUGAGGGGUCCCUGGCCGGAGGCUUGGUGCGUGUGAGGCGCGACGUGGCAGCGAAGCCGAAGCCUGAUGGCUCUGUGUGUACGGGAAAGGGGGCGGGGCUAGACGGGACAUUGAGAACCAUUAGAUCGCUUCGGGGUGGGAGGAUUGGAGACUACAUCUCCCAGGGGACCCCGCGGGGCGCGAAAGGGAAGGGGGAAGCGCUUUGGGCCCAGUACGCAGGCGCGAGGACCUCCUCUGGCUAUAUAAGCAAGGUGCAGGCUGCUUUUCGUUCUUUCGCGUCAGCGGCGCAUUCGCUUCGGCUGUUCCUUGUUGUCCGAUCUCCCUUGAUGUCCGCCCAGGCGGGGGCCUCGGGUUUGCUACGGUAUCUGAUAGGUUUUAGGGCCGUGGGGGAAAUCAAUUUGGCGCUGCAAUAA